CUAAAAUACCCCUACUAAUAUCUCCAAUUUUCCUAACAUACCCCUUUGUUGUUCCUUCCAAGUUGCACAGCUUCUACUUGCAGUACAAUGCAAGCGCCCUCAAACAAGAAGAAACAAAUUUGAAAAUAAAUUGGACCCCCCAUUCUCAUCAAACUCAGCUUUCAUUUAUAUACCUCCAUUUUCUCUCUCCUCUCCCUGGGUGACAGAAGAUGGGUUCUGAAGGAGGAGGAGGAACUAGCACCUUUGUCAUUAAAUGGAUCAACUUUCUCACUACGCUUAUAGCAUUAGGAGUGAUUGGAUUUGGAAUAUGGAUGAGCAGUCAUACUGAUGGUUGCAGGAAAUCCCUUACUUUUCCUGUUCUAGGCCUUGGUGCUAUUAUACUUGUAAUAUCAUUAAUUGGAUUAGUGGGAGCAUGGAAGAACAACUCCAUCUUGUUAUGGAUUUAUUUGAUACUUUUAUGUUUGAUCCUUGUGGCAAUUUUGAUCUUCACCGUAUUGGCAUUUAUAGUGACAAAUAAUGGAUCAGGACAUAGGGUGGCUGGAUUAAGAUAUAAGGAGUAUCAACUGCAAGAUUACAGUUCGUGGUUUCUGAAAGAACUAAACAAUAGUCAUAACUGGAAGGAUUUGAAGGCAUGUCUCGUGAAAUCUAAGGACUGCGCUAAUCUUUCAAAGAAGUACAAGACUUUGAAGAAGUAUAAAGCAGCAAAAUUGACCCCUAUUGAGGCUGGUUGUUGCAGGCCACCAUCUGAGUGUGAAUAUCCCGCUGUCAAUGCUUCAUACUACGAUUUAAGCUAUCAUCCGGCCAGUUCUAACAGAGACUGCAAGUUGUACAAGAACUCGAAGACCACUAAGUGCUACAAUUGUGAUUCCUGCAAGGCAGGAGUUGCUCAGUACAUGAAAACCGAGUGGAGAGUGGUUGCAAUAUUCAAUGUGUUCCUGUUCGUUGUUUUGUCAAUAGUGUAUUUUGUGGGAUGCUGUGCAAGGCGAAAUGCUGCCUCUAGUUACUCGAAGAGUUGACGAAAAAGCGGUGAUUUGUUAUGGGGAUCGGACAAUCCGACAUGAGGACAACUAAGCUCUUUAUUUUGUAGACUGGUGAAGAACUUGUAUGGAGAAAUUUUUCCAUUUGAUGUGUAAUUGCUUUUCGCACUGUAUAUUUAUAGUUCUUCAAAUCACUCAAACCACUAAAUUUGAGGGGUACGUAAUAUUGUCAAGAACGAUUAAUGCAUUAAGAUCUAUUAUAUCAAGGGUAUAGAUCUUUUUAUUUCAA